AGAACUUAAGUUUUAAUUUUUAAACCUUUCAGAAAUUGUUAAUAUAGAUGUUUAUAACUUCUACUUUUUAAAUUAUUUCACUUAUUGAACAGAUAUUAGUGAACUUCUAGGUGCUGAGGAAACAACAAAGAGCAAAGCAAAGUCCCUGUCCCCCAGGAGUUCGCGUUUUAACGGGGAAGAAAAAUAAGCAAGUGAAAUGGACGACUGUGAGAAGACGGAGCAGGGAGAUGUUACUAUUGCUUGUAGGGUGGUCACAGAAUGCCUGCAAAAACAACCCUUUUGAAGAAUUGGGAAAAAAAUAAAAACCAUUUGGCUGAAACAGCCCUGAGAAGGGCAGCUUCUUCCACCACUCUUUCAUCAUUUUACCAUCUGUGGGUUAUCCCCGGGGUCACUGCUAUCCCAGCCUAGGUUUUAUACAGGAUGGAGUACGAAGUUCCCGCAACUAUCCAAACGGUAAAAUGUGCUUAAAAAAAAAAACCUAUUUAAAAAGGAAUCCUGCUUGUUCCUGCGCUACAUUUUUCUUUAGUCUCUUUGAUUGACUUGGAAUCUCUGCCUGUUCUCGGUGCAUGCGGCUCGAAGGUGGGCUAGGGAGCUCCCCUUCUCUUAACCACCUCGCAGCCGGCACUGGAACCCGAUCGGAGUGUAUCUGUGGGGCUGCGGCGUUGGCUCGGGCCCUAACGUCGCCGAGGACGCCCGCUUCGGGAGCAGGAGCUGCGGCGUGGCCCUGGCGCUUCCGGACACCCGGUAGGGCGGCGGGCCCAACGGUGGGGUCCGCGCUCACCGCCUUGAGCCCGCCCCUGCGCCCGGCGCCCUCAGCCCACGCCCCGCCCAGUCCCCCAGGCCCUAGCGUUUACCCCCACGCCCCGCCUCGCCCCGCGACCCACGUACCCCGCCUCCGAGCCCCGCCCCCGCCCCCACGUGCCCCGCCCCCGUCCCCGUGCCUGCCCCUGAGCCGCGCCCCGCCCCCCGCGUCCCGCUUAGCCCCCCACCCCGAGCCCCACCCACCGAACCCCGCCCGCGCCGGGAGCAUCUCGCGUCCCCAACGGGCCCCCGGGUCGGUUUCCGCGGUGGCCAUGACUGCGGCCGUGUUCUUCGGCUGCGCCUUCAUUGCCUUCGGGCCUGCGCUCGCCCUUUAUGUCUUCACCAUCGCCACCGAGCCGUUGCGUAUCAUCUUCCUCAUCGCCGGAGCUUUCUUCUGGUUGGUGUCUCUACUGAUUUCGUCCCUUGUUUGGUUCAUGGCAAGAGUCAUUAUUGACAACAAAGAUGGACCAACACAGAAAUAUCUGCUGAUCUUUGGAGCGUUUGUCUCUGUCUAUAUCCAAGAAAUGUUCCGAUUUGCAUAUUAUAAACUCUUAAAAAAAGCCAGUGAGGGUUUGAAGAGUAUAAACCCAGGUGAGACAGCGCCCUCUAUGCGACUGCUGGCCUAUGUUUCUGGCUUGGGCUUUGGAAUCAUGAGUGGAGUAUUUUCCUUUGUGAAUACCCUAUCUGACUCCUUGGGGCCAGGCACGGUGGGCAUUCAUGGAGAUUCUCCUCAGUUCUUCCUUUAUUCAGCUUUCAUGACGCUGGUCAUCAUCUUGCUGCAUGUAUUCUGGGGCAUUGUAUUUUUUGAUGGCUGUGAGAAGAAAAAGUGGGGCAUCCUCCUUAUCGUUCUCCUGACCCACCUGCUGGUGUCAGCCCAGACCUUCAUAAGUUCUUAUUAUGGAAUAAACCUGGCGUCAGCAUUUAUAAUCCUGGUGCUCAUGGGCACCUGGGCAUUCUUAGCUGCGGGAGGCAGCUGCCGAAGCCUGAAACUCUGCCUACUCUGCCAAGACAAGAACUUUCUUCUUUACAACCAGCGCUCCAGAUAACCUCAGGGAACCAGCACUUCCCAAACUGCAGACUACAUCUUUAGAGGAAGCACAACUGUGCCUUUUUCUGAAAAUCCCUUUUUCUGGUGGAAUUGAGAAAGAAAUAAAACUAUCCAGAUAUGCGUUCCAUUCA